GUUUAUUAUAUCAAAGAAUGUUUGUUGUGCUCUCAGUAUCAAAUUUUACAACUUGUUUGUGGUUAAUCUAUGCACUAUAUAUAAAAGGAAUCCCGAAGGAUUCUAAAACCACCACGCGUCCAGUUUUUUGUUUAAUUUUUUAUGGUUUUUUCUCUUCUUUUCCGUUUUGUGGGUUUAGUUCUAAAAAAGUUUUAGAGGAAACUACCAGCCGAAGGCAAAGGAGGAGCAGGUGGGAUCCGUCUUCCGACUCAAACAACAACCCAAGUGGGAAUGAUGAGAUGGGCGGUGGAACCAAGGAGAGGAAGUCCCGGUGGGCAAUGAUGAUGAGCCGAAGCUGGUUGAUAGAGAUCAGAUGGAUGUUGCAAUCUGGAUUGCCUUUGGAUGAUAGACUUGAGGGAGCUAGGUCUCCUUCACCUGAACCUUCAAAGAAUAGGGACUUGCAUGUUUUAGUUGAGGCUGAAACACAAGAAUCAUUUGAUGUUGCUGCAGCAAUGGUGAAAAAGCUCUUGCAGCCUGUUGAUGAAGUAUUGAAUGAGCAUAGAAGGUUUGACUUUUGUUUUUCUUUUUAUUUUCUUUAAAUACACUUAUACAAUAUAUACAAAAUUAAAAAAAAAAAGAAAAGGGCGUAGCCGUAGCCGCUCACUA